GCUGUUCCUCGACCAAAGGAGCGAAAGUUGCCAUUGCACGAGGAACCUGAGUGUAAGCAACACCGUCCAGGAGCGUGGGCUACGGUGUGGAACAAUUUCAAGAGAUAUCUGCGAAAAGACUGGUCCACAAAGACUUAUGUUGCUGAAGAUGCGGCCGGUCGUCGAUACUAUGGAGAUCAGAAAUACACUCGACAGAUGUCACAGCUGAGUUUUGCUCAAUUGACGCAAAAUUCGUCCACAGAGCAACGAGCACCUCACGUGGCUACAACUGGCAGCAAUCAACCGCGAGACAAACCUCAACCAUUUCCCGGGCGUGACGAUCUGGAGUCGGCUCCCGGAGCAAAGAAGAGUUUUUCACGAAAACUCAGGUUUCGGAUGAUGUGGCGACGAUAUGGAUUGAAUAUAUCAGAGCGUUUCAUAGUGGGUAUGGUUUUAUCCGCCACGAUGAGGUUGCUAUUGGUCGUUUUUGCCCUGCUCGUUCUCAAUACUGCAGCCAACGACGAUGAGCAGAGUGGUACUGCAGAACCACAGGGAGAAGAGGUGCCACCUUUCGAGGAGGACACGACUGGCGAGCCAGAAACUAUCGAUGAAGCGAAUGUUACCGACAAAUCGGCUGCUACUGGUGGGAAACGGAAAGAAAAAAUGAUCACAUAUCAAGAAGUAUUAAAUUUGGCCAAGACCGGACAUCAUCUGAUGAUCGCUUAUGUGAUAAAGGAAGGCAACGUGUCCCAAGAAUACAUAAGGAAUAUACCAGAGAUAAAUAAAGUAUUUGAACAGGCCAACGUAACACUCAGGAUCUACUGGGUAGUGGAAAAUGAUAAGAACAACACGCUGGUUCUCCUUUACACACCCGGUAAAAUCGAAUCCGUUGCACUGUUCAAAAAAAUCGCCGAACUC